GACCCGCUUGUGAAUACCCUCGACUCGCACCUAUUUUCCUUUCCCCGACCUGGUGUUCUUCCCGUCCAGUCAAUUUAAACAGUUAACUUGACAUACCGCCAAAAUGUCGAAAAGAGGUCGUGGUGCCGCCGCUGGCAACAAGCUUAAGAUGACUCUCGGUCUGCCUGUCGGCGCCGUGAUGAACUGCUGCGACAACUCCGGAGCCCGCAACUUGUACAUCAUCUCCGUCACCGGUGCCGGUGCCCGUCUCAACCGUCUCCCCGCUGCUGGUGUUGGCGACAUGGUCAUGGCCACUGUUAAGAAGGGAAAGCCCGAAUUGAGAAAGAAGGUUAUGCCUGCUGUUGUUGUCCGUCAGAGCAAGCCUUGGCGACGACCCGAUGGUAUCUUCCUCUACUUUGAGGAUAACGCUGGUGUGAUUGUCAACGCCAAGGGUGAAAUGAAGGGUUCCGCCAUCACUGGUCCCGUUGGAAAGGAAGCUGCUGAGCUCUGGCCUCGUAUCGCCUCCAACUCCGGUGUUGUCAUGUAAUUAAAGAAGAUACACACAAUUUUUAAAACCAAAAAUUUCACAAUGCGAUACCAGUCGGGAUUUACGGGACUCCAAAAAUCUUCUUUACCCUUCUCAUUUUCCUUAUAAUGCAACCCGAAAGUCCAUCCCAACGAGUUACGUGGAAUCGUGGGGGACGAGAGCUCGCGGAGACAACAUGGGACCGGAUUUUGUUUCCAUUCUUUCCAUGAAACAAGGCGUUUUUGUUAGAUUGCGUACGCCCUGAAAACUUUGAUGCAUCACCAUGGACGUUUUAUCGAAUUGUUGUACGAGAAAAAAGAGACGAUAAAAUGAAUACUCUUAAAGAUUUAUCUUGUAUCCGCCCAAGGAGCAUGUCGAUUUACCGACCCGA